AUUCUCGAUUGGGAAGAGACUGAUCGUUUCUCAUUCGAGGAUUCCGAUCGCUUCGAGGAAGAUUCACUAUGUAGUUGGAGCAGUGAGCCUGAAUCCAUAUGCAACAACUGGCGAGGAUGGCGACGACCACCUGCGGCAUUUAUGACCUCAAAGAAAACAGCAGAAGAUGGACAGACUGUAUUGACGCUUUGCGAACUAUCGGCAAGAUGUGUCGCCUCACAUAUUCCCUUCGAAUUGGUGGAACAUGUUUAUCCACCAGUUCCAGAACAACUUCAACUAAGGAUAGCUUUUUGGAGUUUUCCCGACAACGAGGAGGACAUUCGACUUUAUUCAUGUUUGGCAAAUGGAAGCGCCGAAGAAUUUCAACGUGGCGAAAAUCUCCAUCGUUCAAAAUGUGUCAAAGACCCCCUACAAAUUGGUUUCCACCUAAGUGCCAGUGUAAACGUCCCAAUGUUAUCGACUGCAAAUGGAAGCAAGGCCCAAUAUAAUGUCGCAGUGACAUUUGAUCGUCGAAGAAUCACUUCCUGUAAUUGCACCUGUAAUUCCACUGCUUAUUGGUGUUCGCACGUGGUUGCCGUUUGUCUACACAGGAUACACAUGCCAACACAAGUUUGCUUGAGAGCUCCAGUAAGUGAAUCACUUUCGAGGUUACAGCGUGAUCAGUUGCAGAAAUUUGCACAGUAUCUCAUCAGUGAAUUACCGCAACAAAUUUUGCCAACUGCACAGCGACUGCUGGAUGAAUUAUUGUCGGCCCAACCAAGUGCUAUCAACAGUUACUGUGGUGCACCAGAUCCAACAGCAGGAGCAUCAGCACAUGAUCAAACCUCCUGGUAUCUUGACGAGAAAACACUUCACGACAACAUUAAAAAAAUAUUGAUCAAAUUUUGCGUACCAGCGCCUAUUGUAUUUAGUGAUGUGAAUUAUUUGAGUAAUACCGCUCCGCCGGCAGCAGCAGAAUGGUCCUCGUUAUUACGUCCUUUACGGGGUCGCGAACCAGAAGGCAUGUGGAACCUCCUCUCGAUUGUUCGUGAAAUGUUCAAGAGGACCGAUAGAAAUGCAAUACCCCUUCUUGAAAUUAUCACUGAGGAAUGUAUGGCCUGUGAACAAAUCCUCGUCUGGUGGUUUAACACAAAGGUGGCAUUAUUGAAUGGCACGAGUCAUGGUAAUGGAAAACACGCCAACAUGAACAGCAAUGCUCAUGCCUCGCAACAUGCCUGCUCAUCACUUUGUGACGAAAUUGUUGUACUAUGGAGGCUCGCCGCUUUGAAUCCAGGCCUUUCACCCUCUGAGCGCGACAUGCUUCACGGUCAAUUUGCUGCCUGGCAUAUGAAGAUCAUCGAGAAGGUACGUCGAAGGUUGAAGGUGAUGAAGAGUCGUGGUAGUUCAGUAUCGCAUAAUUCACAUAACAGAAAUAAUGGAGGUGGACAGAAGGAUUCGUUGAAAACUGAUCUGGAAGUCUUUACAGGAUUCAGGCCUGCUAUAGAAGCCUGUUAUUUAGAUUGGGAAGAAUAUACUCUGCCUGGUAUAACUUACACUGCAGAAAGCAAUCCAAUGUAUCAUUGUCCAUUUACUUGCUUUAGACAUGUUGGUGAUACCAGAACGGAAGUGAAUCAGGUAAAUUCAAGUGCUGCAGUGUUAAAUUGUCAGCCACCAACUUCUCAUCAUCAUAGCAGAAGGCCUUUGAGUCUUGGCCUCGUUGAAUUUAGUUAUACGGAUAGACGAAGAUUAAAUCCUCGCGAAUUUCCUACUUUGUGUUCACGAAUAGGCGGUGGUGAUGGAAAUCGAAGCAGUGAUAGCUCCGAAGGUUUUUGUGAAAACGAUGGAGAUAUUAAUGAUAUUUCUGAGCCGCCAGUUGUCUUAGUUAGAAGAGGCUGCGGCCAAAUUAAUAAUUGCGGUGAUACCGAUUCACAGGAGGGCGGAGGUAGUGAAUCAUCAUCGAAUAGCAAUGCUAGUUUGAAGAACGCUCAAGGCUUGGACAAGCAUCGCUCAAACGCCUCGUCCGAGACGCAUAGUGAUAGUAGUGAUAGUUGUAGUAACAAAGCGCCGUGCGAAGUGAAGUGUAACAGGACGACGGGUGUGGUGGACUUUUUAGAAGCAUCAUGUUCCGUAUUAGCGAAAGCGAGCAGUUCAAAAAGUGAACAGGAAUCGGAUCAGGAGAAGGAUCCAUCAAGGAGGCCGUCCAAGGAUGAGAGCUCAUCGUCGAGCAGUGACAGUCCAUCCGGCGACGAAUAUAAUGUAUAUUAUUAUGAUCCAAAAGCCGCUGUCAAUAAUGGCAUUGGCACUAGUAAAGAAACAAAAGGUGAACCUCAUGGCGCAACUUCCGCCAACACUAGCAACGUUUUAGGUAAUCUCAAAAAGACGGAAGACCCAUGGGAUAUACUUUUUGCCCGUGCGGAAGGCCUCUAUGCACAUGGUAAUACACGUGAGGCAUGUAUCCUUGGCAUUAAAUUAGCCGAGGAACUUCUCGCCAAUCCUCCUGAUCUCAUGAUCGAAGUGCCUCCAAUGCCAGUCAAGGGCAAGCGAAAGAAGCAACAAGUUAAUCCUGCGUCUCAUAAGCUCACGUGUCUAGCGUCCGCUACUUUAGCCAAAUGUGGAUUUCUUUGUACGGUUCUUGCAGAGAAUCCAGAGCAUCAUAAUUUAGCUUUCCGCGUUGGAUUAUUUGGCUUAGAAAUGGCGAGACCACCAGCAAGCACCAAACCAUUGGAGGUAAAAUUGGCCCAUCAAGAAAGCGAACUCGUGGGUCUUUUGAAAAGAAUUCCUCUAGGACCCGCGGAAUUGACGAUGGUCAGACAAAGAGCAAAACAAUUACGAGAUGGUGUUCUUCGAUCAAGAGGUCAUGCACUUCUUCCAAUUAUGCUCGCCAGCUUUAUUUUCGACGCACUCAAUUCUCCAAGACUGAAACUGCCCACAGGCGUUGACGAGAAUCUCGGGUUCGAAGCAGCGGUGGCCGCCCUAGGACUCAAGGCAAAUGUCAGCGAGGCAGAUCAUCCUCUUCUUUGCGAGGGAACUCGACGUCAAAGAGGAGAUUUGGCAAUCACUCUUUUGGUUCACUAUAAGGACGAGCCGAAAAAAGUGGCGAAGAUAAUGGACAAACUUUUAGAUCGUGAAGUACAUCAACUAAUCAAAACUCCGAUUGUCAGUAGUUACUAUAGUUCUAAUCCUCCUACGAAAAGCCAGUUGGCAGAUUUUCGAAGAGAAAAAUCAUCCUCGUCACCGUUGACGGGAGCAGAAGCAAGUAGCUCAACGGAUGGAAUUGCUGGAACUUCCAGUCGACCUCACAGUAGCACGAGUGCAGAACUUGAGGCUGGAAUAAGUGCGAUGACUGUACAGCCACAAACUCCUCAGCAGCCGUUGCCCUCACGAACAAAGGAGCCUAGAUACAAGAAUAAGAGAGCAUCAAUACCGAAGCCAUCGAUUCCGAAUCAACCAUCAGAAGCGGGGGCACAUUUCAUGUUUGAGCUGGCAAAGACUGUACUUGCAAAAGCCGGUGGUAGUAGUUUAACAUCUCUGUUCACGCAAGUUUCAACGAGUCAAAAUCAUCAUGUGCCCCAUCGGGCGCUUCAUAUGUGUGCCUUCCAGUUGGGACUUUAUGCCCUUGGUCUUCACAAUUGUGUCAGUCUUAACUGGAUAAGCCGAACUUAUUCAAGUCACGUGUCAUGGAUCACGGGUCAGGCAAUGGAAAUUGGAACCCCGGCAAUUUGUUUUCUGAUUGACAGUUGGGAGGGACAUUUGACACCGCCCGAGGCAGUCAGUAUUGCUGAUAAAACUUCACGCGGAAGUGAUCACAAUAUUGUAAAAGCCGCGGCGGAACUUGCACUCUCAUGCCUCUCGCAUUGUCAUGCACUCAAUCCGAAUGAGAUACAAAGAGCGAUCCUUCAGUGCAAAGAACAGGGAGAAGAGAUGCUGGAGAAAGCUUGCAUCACAGUUGAAAAUACAGCGAAGAAAGGGGGCGUAUAUCCGGAAGUUCUUUUCCAAGUUGCCAAGUACUGGUACGAGUUGUACCUUAGGCACACACCCGGUGGUGAGCAACAGGAUGAAAUUCCACACGAUCCUCUGCAACUAGAUCCAAAUGGAGCAUUAAUGGUUGAGUCUGGACCUCCGGUGGAUAUGACCACUGGUCAAAUCAUGUCGGGUCCCACGCAAACAGUAGUUGUCACUAGUGCACAACCACCUCCUCUACCUUAUCCUCAUCCAACGAUAACUACAUUGGCUCCUUUAGUUGCAAUGCCAUAUGCUGUGGGACCAUACAAUUUUAUACAUCCGCAUCAUUCAAUGCCUGCGUUCCCGGGUCCAAUGCCACCGCAUCGAGUCGCUUUACCACCUCCGCCUCAUAUGCAGAUGUAUCACACAGCAUUUCCACCACAUCCAGGACAUCCUCAACAUCCGCAGCAUCAUCAUCCACCACAGCCAACGCAACCGCCACCUGUGCCACAGUAUUACGCUCCUCAACCCACAGUGACGACUGUCAAUGUCAAUCCACCGCCAGGAACUCAUCAUAUGUUUACUAUGCAACAACCGAUGCCAGUUAAUGUCCAAACGAGCGUUCAGUCGAUUCCCGGUCAAAAUGGAAUACCAGGACCAACGUUAGUUCAAGCUCAGCCAAUAAUUUCGACAGUCAGAGCUCCAUCUCAGGUUCACAGACAAAGUCAACCAUUUACAUCGCAGCAAUUUAGAGCACUUGUUUCCGCUUAUCGAGUGGGUAUGUUGGCUCUGGAAACAUUGGCACGUCGUGUACAUGACGAUAGACCGCAGGCAAAAUAUGCAAGAAAUCCACCCUACGGCGAAGAUGUUAAAUGGUUAUUGAGAGUCUCCAAGAGGCUUGGCACUCAAUAUCUUCACCAAUUGUGCAUUUGCACGGUGAAUAGCAUUGUCAGUCCCUUUGUUCUUCACGAUGUUGCCCUCGAGUCUGCCCACUAUCUCGCUAGAAAUAAUCCUGCUUUCGUUCUUCAACAUUUGCGAUCCGCACUCUUGGCUCCACUUGUUCAUAAAUGCCAGCAAAUGUAUAUUCAGUGCAUGCAUCAGAAGUUGUAUCAUCUGAUAACCGCUGAUUACGAGGACUUUGCAAGUGUUGUGUGUGCUGCUCGGGCGGCUUUUAACAUCACCCCAGAGGGACACACACAAUUUAAGGAAUGGUUACAGUCCAUAAAAAGAUCGCAGUCAUGUAAUAAGGAACUUUGGGUGCAUAUCAAUACAGCAUUACAGCAGAACAGUAAAUGACACAGAGUAGAAACUGGAGUACAGUGGCUUGCAUCUCAUCCACAAAAUUAUCAUCCGUUAAUCGACGAUACGCAAUUAUCAUCAUCAUUAUCCACGAUUCCCGCCGUGGUAUUACCAGUAUUGAAUCAAGAACGUCGAAUACGAUCGCGCAUUGGUCAUCAACAGCGACAAGAUCUUCGUCCUUGUCAGGAUCAACAUUCGCUACGUCGUCGACGUCCAUCAUCGUCAGUUGCACCUAUUCAUAAUAAUGAUCACCGAGCCAUUUCAUCAUCUGUGUCACCGUCAAUGGCGGGUGGUCGUUGAGGCACAUCAAAAAAAAAAAAAAAAAAGAAAAAAAUAAAAAAAAAAAUGAAAGAAAAACUCUCUGGAUAGCGAUCCCAGGGACGAGUUUUUUUUUUUUUUAGUUUAUUUACAUGACGAUUAAUAUUAUUCGUUCAAUUAUAGUUCUUUUAUUCACGGGCUUUGAAUGGAAUCGAGUGAAUGUUUUUUCAUUUUUGACAUUUAAUCUCUCAUGAUUAAAUUUUUUUUUCUUAUUUUGAUCGACGAAAAUAUUUUUCUUCAUUAUCUCGUUAAUAGAAAAAUUUUGUUUUCACUGAUAAAAAAAAAAUGUAAGGCGAGAAAAAAAUGAUCUCUUUGUAUUGAUAAGUGCGAAUUUAGGAUUUCUGUUCUUUUGUGUAAAAAAAAAAUCAUUCUAGUUCCAAAGGCCCGUUUGCUGUCGAGCGCAGUUUAAUUAGAUUGACAAUUUUUUUUUUUUAGUUAAAAAUAACACUAUUAUAUAAUUAUUACUAUUACAAUUAUUAUUAAGUAUGAAUUUAGCAUCGCGUUGAGUUUGAAUGACUUUACAGUUUUCAGUGCAACUGAGUAAAAUAAAAAGAAACGAAAAUAAUAAAAAAAAAAAAGUAUCGCGACGCAAAUUAGCCAAAUCAAAAUUCAUUAUCCCGGAAUCGUUAAUCGGAGACGCAGUAAACGAAUCAUCGAUCGACACACGAAAUCAAUUUUGAUUUAGAAUGAACGUAUUUUUAGCUUGAAUUAGAUAGGAAAUUUUCAUUUUUUUCGACUCUUAGAUAGGGGUGAAUUCUUGUUUUAUUUUUGUAAAACGAGUGUGAAACAGAAACAGAUUUUUUUUUUCUUAAAUCAAUAAUUAUUGUCUAUUUAUAUAUAUAUAUAUAUAAAAAAAAAGUUCAAGAUAUUCAGAGCGAGAGAGAUAUUUAUAUAUAGGGUAUAUAUCUGUCUAUUGUAUUUGAAUUCCCCCUUGUCCCUCUCACUCACAUGGAGCAGAUUCUUAUUAAUUUUUUUUUUUUUUUUUUUUUUUUUGAAAGCAUCUCCGUUUCUCUCUUUUUUCUAUAUAUAAAUAUAGAAAAAAAAAUUGUCGCGUACUUGUUUUGUACGACAUAGUAAAAAAGAAAAAUAUGCAUAUUUACUAUUCUCGGUUUUGUCUCGACGACAAUCCAUCAAGAAAAUGAUCUCUGUAAUUUUUAAAUUAAAUUUAUUUUAAAAAAAAAGUAUGAAAUAAAGAAAUGAAGAAUCUUUAAACGCUAUAACAUAUCAUCAAAACUUUGAGCCACCUUUUUCCAGUUUUUGUGCGUGUGUGUUUUUGCAUGAGAUAUGUAAAAUUUUUUUUUUUUUUUUUUUUUUUUUUUUUUGGACUCUACAAGAUUUACGUCUUUUGUUUUUCUCUCUCUGUCUCUUAUUAUCGACUUUUUUCCAUUCUGUCUGCGAACACUUUUUUUUAAUUUCUUUUUUGAAAAUUGAACUUCUCGAGAUUUUUCUGAAUUUCUUCUGUCUCUAAAAAUUUUUUUAUUUCUACAUUUCUUAAGUCUCAAUCGAUUUCUUAAGUUUUUUUCCCCCUUUUAAUAUUUAAUAGUCUCUUGGCUCCUUAGAUUGUAGCCUCUAAACUCAUAGUUUUUUUUUUAUUUUUUUAUUUAUUAGACUUUAGUCUACUUUUUAGUCUUCUUAGACAUUAAAACUCGCUGGAGAUUCGCUUAAUUUUUUUUUUUCAUCCAAACUCUCGUCCACAAUAUAAUGAAAACGAAACAAAAAAAAAAAAAUUUACUUUUUUAAUUGAAAAAAAAAAUGCAGCUUAGCCUAGAAAAAGUUUAAGUAUUGAAUAAAAAAUUUAAUCUAUUUAUAAAAUCUCUGAGAUAACGGUAAGAGAAAAGAAAGAAAGAAAAAUUUAUUUUCUAAUACUCGCUAUCCACGAGACGCGACAGCACGCGUUUUUUUUUCUUUUUUUCUUUAAUGACGUCGUGACGAUAAUUUCAACAAAAAAAAAAAAAAAAAACAAAAAAAAAUAUAUUGUUAUUUGUUUCUAGUAUUGAACACUAAACAGUGCCUCGUCAAAAUCUAUGUGAACACUUUUUCAAAGCUGAGAAUGUUCAAUAUAAUGUGACAUUGUCUGCUCUCUGUAAUCGUAUUAUUCAAACAGUGUUAAACAUGUAAGUUUAUCUAAAGUCGUAGGAUAAGAAAAAGUAGAGUUGUCAUAAUAAUUAAAAAAAAAAAAAAUAAAAGAAAAUCACAAAUCGUCGAAUCAGAUUUUUUUGGGAUCCGAUUAAAAAUUAUCGAGAUUGUCAGAUAAAUCAAAUAAUGAAGAACAUUUUUUUGUCAAAAGUUAAAAAAAAAAAAAAAAUUAUUUGUCUAUUAAAAUUUGAAUUUUGAAUUUCUUCAAGAAUAUUUCUUUUAAUUUAUAUAUACAGCGAAAAAAUUUAUUUUUGAAAUAAAUCUAAAAUAUUAUUAAAGAAAUUCAAAACAUACAAAUUUUCUGUGAAUGUUUUGUUUUUUAUUUUAAAAAAAAUUUUUUGCCAUAGUUUAAUUAAUCAGAUAAAAAUUUUAUAACUUCAUUACUUAUUUUUUUCUUUUCUAAAUAGUUCUUUAAAACUUUCAUCAAUUAAAUUAAAUAAAAAAUAAGUUAAAAAAUAAUUUUUAAUUUCAAUAAUUGUUUAUUUAAAUUUGUUUUUACAUUUGUAUCAAUAAUUUUACUUUUUACCAUAACAAUUAAUUGUUAAUUUACUAUAGUAAAAUUAGAUAAAAAAUUUGUGACUCGAUAAUUUUGUGGGAUCCAUGUAAAAAAAAGGUUUUGAGCAGUUCAAGUAACUGGCAAAAAAAAAAAAAAAAAAAUUCUAGAUAAUAGAAUAUAAUAUAGAUAUAAUAAAAAAAAUACACGAAAAGAAAAUAAUAAUCGUGUAUUUAGUAAAUCAUCACGAAUGUCAUAAGCAUUACUUCUCGUUUCAUCUAUCAUCUUAUCGUCUUAUCGCUCUCGUCUAUCUUUUUUUUUUUUUUUGUUUCAUAUUUUCUCAUUAAAUUCUUGUUAAUUAGCUAAUGUCACUUUAAAAAAUAAGAAAAAAAUUGAUAAAAAUGAUAAAAAUCAAUUUUAAGUUUUUCUUACUACGCAGAGAUCGAAAAUGGUUGUGAAAGAUAAAAGCAAUCUGUUCAAGAAAAAAAUUUGUAAAAAGAUUGUUCUCAAAAAAGUGUUAGACUUAAUUUUUUUCUUUGAUUAAAGUAAAUUAAUAUUUUUUAUUUUCUCUUACUUUUUGGCACUUUUAUUAUUAUUGGUUUUCAAGAUUUUUGAAAAAUUAUUCAUAUUUAUUUUUUCAAAUUUUCUUAUUACUAAUUGUUUUUAAAUUUUUUUUAUUACUUAAUAAUUUCCUAGGUUGUGCCAAAAAAUAUUGAAACUCGUAAAUUAAAAAAAAAAUUUUUUUUUGUCAAAGCUUUUGUUUUUCAUUACAUUUUUUCUUGUCAUCAAAAAGUCAUAGAAAAAAUAAAUAAGAGUUGAUAUCAGUUGCAGACAUAGAAAAAAAUACUAAACGAAAAAUGAAAAUAUAUUUUUCGAAUUUUUUGGCUCAUCCUAAAUAAAAAAGAAAAUAAAACCUUCCCUUCACAUAAAUAUAUGCAUCUUAUAUAUAUAAAAGCAUUUUUUCAUCAAAUUUGUCCUUAGCUAUUAGUCAUUUUAGCCUAAUUAGAAGAUUGUAACAUUACAGAACGUCCUAGAGGAAAAAAAAAAUAUCGUUUUUAGCAUUUAAUUAAAUUAAAUCAUAUAGGUAAACUGUACCGUAGAAGUGCGUUUAGUCUCGGCGUAGAAUGCUAAUAAUUAUUGUCACUGAAUUUUGAAAAAUCAGUGAAGUCGUACUUAAGUCAUGCAGGUAAAUAUAAAAUAAAUAUAUAAAUAAUAAAUAUAAAAUAAAUAUUAAAUUAUAUAUAUAUAUAUACAUAGAAAUUAUAUAUAAAUGUACAUGGCGUCUAAGAAUACUCGCGUUUCUACCGCCACUCUAACAAGAAAAAAAAAAAAGAAGAGAUUGAUAAGGAAACUGCUCAGAGAUUAAUUCUUUCCUCCUCCCCCCCCCUUAAUUAGUCAGUAAAAAAAAAAGAACGAGAGCAAGAGAAAAAAAAACGAAAUAAAGAGGAAAAAGGAAGAGCGUGCGAAGCAAAUGGAAGAGGCGAAAAAUAUAUUUUUACACUUGGUACCAAAAAAAAAAGUUGAAAAAAAAUUUUUUUCUUCAGAAGAGAAUUUUAGGCGUUCAAUCUAGAUUCAUAUAGUGUAUUUAAAGAAAAAUGGAAAAUGAAAAAAUAAGAUAAGAAAAAAAAAAAAAAAAAAAAAACCGUACUAGUUCUGUAGAAACGCGAGGACGUCGCGAAGGGUUCGUGGAAUAAAAAAACAGUCUCUACUUAUUUCUAAAAAAAAAAAAAUAAAUAAAUUGAAAAAUUUCCAUGGUCGUGACUUAAAAAAAUUUUUAAAUGAAAAAAUUUUAUUCCGCCUCUUUGUGAGUCUUGCAAAGUAAAAGUCACUGAAAAGAAAGAAAAAAAAUUUUCUGAAACAGAAAUCUUUUGCAAUAGGAAAAUUUAAAAAAAAAUUUUUAAAUUAGAAAAAAAUGACUUUUACUAUGCGGCUCAAAAAAAACCCCCCACUGAACCCUAAUAAUAUAUAGAAAUAUUUGCAAUUCAUAUAAAAAAAAAAUAUUUGCACUUUUUUCUCUAUUUAUAUAUAUAUGCAUACAACUGCGGUUGUAUUGUUUAUAAUUCUUUUUCGUGAGCAAUGAAAAUAUUCAGCUUUCUAUACCCAAAAAAAGGCAAUUUCCAAAAUCGUUUAUAUAACACCUAUAUAUAUAUAUAUAUUAUAUAUAAAAAAAAAGAAAAAAAAAUGUUUCUUCUAAAAAGGAAUUCAAAAAAAAAUAUAAUUUUCCAAAUUUGCAAUAAUAUGCAGGGUGUUCAAAAAGUUUCAAGGCAAUAAUAAUUUUCUAUAUUAUAAUAAUAAAAACAAAAUAAAUAUUAAAAAAAAAAAAAUAUGUAAAAAAUAAUAUUAAAAAAAAAUUCUUUUUUCAAGAAAGUCCAGAGCUUUUUUAAUAUUCUGUAUAUAUAUAUAUGAAGAUACGCAAAAAAAAUUAAAUCCUUCUUUUUUUUUUAAGGGAAAAAGUUUUAUAUUGGCAAAUAAAAAAAAAAAAAAUUAAAUAAAGAAGAACCACUUUUUGAAAAAGAAGGGGAAAGAAAAAUAGAGAAGCUCAGGAUCCUCUUUUAUUAAAUGUUAAAUAUUAAGAGUGUAUCGAAAUUUGUGCAAUUUCUUGCAAACGUCGCAGGUUUCGAUGUCAGAUUAUUAAUUUCGAAUUUAGCGUACAUAUAUAAACAAUAAUAAUAAUAAUAAUAGGCAAUUAAUGAUGUGGAACAUUAAAAAAAAAGAAGUAAUAUUUUUUUGAAUUACAUUUUUUUUAAAUUAGUGACUUAUAAAUAAUAAUUACAAAAACUAUAUGUGUAUUAAUAGAUAAUUAAUUGUAUCAAAAAUUUUAAUUAAUUAAUUUUAAUUAAUAGAUUUUAAUUAACAAAUAAUUAAUUGAAAUUUAAAAUAUAAAUAAAAUAAUUGCAAAUUUUUUAUUAUUAUUUAAAUGAAACAAUAAUUUGCUUGUAAAUAAAAGGAGAAAUAAAUUAAUAGAAAAUUAUAUUUCACUUUUAAAUGGAAAUAUUGAUAAUUUCAUUAGAGGGGGGAAAUAGAUAUAAUAAUUCUUAUUAUAUUCCCAUCAUUAAUUGUUAAAAAGAAAAAAAUGGUCGAACGUCGAGAUAUCUGAUUGUCAGGCUUCUUGUAUCGGCUCAAAUUUAAAAUGCUCAAUAUUGAGAGACGAAUGAAAAAAAAAGAAAAAAAAAAAAUGUUGCUCAGCUCAUUCUCUAUAUAAUUAUUCUAAUAUCGUUGACCGAUCCGAGCAAAUUUAACGAAGAAAAUUUUUUUCUUUGUCUUAUUUUUUUACGCUUACGCCGCAUUAAUGAUUAUAUGUAUUAUUAUAACAAUUGUAAUUAUUAUAUCUUGAAUAUUCAAUAUUAUUAUUAGUAUAAUUAUUAUAAUUAUUAUAAUUAUUAUAAUUAUUAUUAUUAAUAUUAUUAUCAUUAUUAUUAUUAUUAUCAUCAUUAUUAUUAUAAAUUUAUUAUAAGAUGAGAGUCUAAAUACUUUUAACGGCCAAGUCGUCCUGCGACGAAAAUUGAUUUAUAUAUAUAUAUAGCCAAUAAAAAAGAAAAAGUGCGAAACUGGCAUAGAUAUAUUUAAAUGAUAUAGGUUUAUUCAAUUUUAUAUGAACAAGGUCAGUGCAAAAAUUUUGCUUGACAAAAAACAUAUUAUUUAAAUUAAAAACGGAUACCGAAAAAAAAUACUAUGAAAAAAAAAAAUUUCAAUGGUAAUUUAAAAAUUAAUAAUUUAAAUAAUUUAAAAACAAUUCUUUUUACAUAACAUUAAAUUAGAAAACAAUUGAAAGAAAAUUUGUAUUAUAAAUAAUUUUUUAUUUAUAAUUAUAUUUUUCUAAUAGAACAAUAAUACUUAUAUAUAUGGCAUUAAAUGAUUUUAAUUAAUUUAAAAAGCAAUUGAAAAUAUAUAAAAAAAAAAAAUUUGCACAGACCUUUUCAAAUAUAAGAAAUAUAUGUGAAUAUUUAUAAAUUACGUAAUUAAUUAAUUAUAAUUACGUAAAACAAAGGCAAAAAAAAAAAAAAAAAAUGAUGUAAUGUCAUUAUAACUCGAUAUUUGUCAUGAUUCAUGACCAUCGUGUAUCAGGAUAAUUAUUCAGGUCGUGAAAACAGUAGAGAGUAGAUUUUUCAAUUUCUAGAUGUUGAACGCGAGAAUAUUUUAUAAAAUAUAUAUUUAUAUAUAUGUAUUAAUAUAUAUUAUAUAUAAAAUAUAAUUCGUAUAUAUUUUAUAUAUUUAUAUAUUAUAUAUAUUUAUAUAUUAUAUAUAUAUAUAUAUGUAUUAUACUAUAUUGAACAUUUAUUGUGGAUAUAUUGUUGCAGGACUAAGUAAGCGGUCCCAUUCAAUGAUUAUAGAAAUAAAAUAGCUAAUAAAAAUAAGAAUAACAAAAAAUCUCUAAAAAAUAAAAAAGAUACGAAAUUUAAAAAAAAAA